AUGGGAGGAGGUAUGCCUGGAAUUAUGGGAGGUAUGCACGGCAUGAUGGGCGGCAUGCACGGAAUGAUGGGAGGGAUGAUGGGAGGAAUGAUGGGCUUUCCUUUUAUGGAAAUGGAAAGCCCGGACAGUCCAGAUCCCCCACCAGCACCUGCUGCAGCACCAGCACCUGCACCUCAGGCUCCAGCUGUCGCACCUGUAGCUGCCACGCCCCCACCAGUUAUGCCAACCCUCGCUACCGUGGUGGUAGUUGCUACAGCUCCACCACCUGUAGCACCAGCUACACCUGCACCAGCUAUCGUCCAGCCAACAGCAGCACCGGCAGCCCCUAUAGUAGCUGAUGCCGUCGUCAGGGUACCGGAAGUCGUUGCCAGUGGUUCUGUCACUGCAGUGAGUGUGCCUGCAGGCCUGUCGCAGGCUGAGAUAGACGCGGCAGUGGCCGCUAUAACAGAACGUGCCAUGCACGCCAUGAACCAGGCCAUAGCAGCACAACAAGGCGGUGCACCACUAUCAGCGGCCCCACCCCCUGCUGGGGUGGCGCCCUUGGCUACCCCAGCCCCAUUGGCGCCAGUCAUGGUGUAA